CCCAUGGUGUCCGCUGCAGUUCGCUUUGGGGAUGGCAGAAUGCGAGGGAUGCUCCUAGUUCUGCUGUACGUCUCGCACUCUUCUGCCAGUUGUGGCGUCCAGAAAGCCAGUGUUAUAGAAACUUCCGAGGAGGGUUUGGUCAACGACAAGGAAUUCCCGUGGGUGGUGUCGCUGCAGGACUCCCAGUACACCCACCUGACUUUCGGCAGCAUCCUUAGUGAGUUCUGGAUCAUCAGCAUCGCAUCCGUCUUGCAGAACAGGAAGGACGUCAUCGUUAUAGUUGGUAUAGCUAAGAUGGAUGCCAAAGUGAUUUCUCAUGAAGAGUAUCCAGUCAACACCAUCAUCAUCCAUGAGGAUUUUGAUAAUGAAACCAUGAUGAAUAACAUAGCCCUCCUGAAGACAGACACGGCAAUAGAGUUCAGCAGCCUGGUCCAGCCCAUCUGCUUCCUCGGCAGAAAGCUGCAUGUGUCCCCAGUCUUGCGGAAUUGCUGGGUGGCAGGAUGGAAUCCCACGUCCGCAACAGGAAAUCACAUGACGAUGAGUAUCCUGAGGAAAAUCUCCGUGAAAGACAUCGACCUGUGUCCUUUACACAGAAUCAAGAAAACAGGAUGUGGCAAUCACAUAGAGCAGGAAACUGAUGCUGUCUGCUUGGGGGACCCAGGAAACCCAAUGAUGUGCCAGCUCCAGAAACUGAACAUGUGGUUGCUGACAGGAAUCUUGUCCCAUGGUGGUGAGAAAUGCCCUGGCCUAUUUCUGUACAUCAAGGUGGAAGACUAUAGCGACUGGAUUAUGUCCAAGACUAAGAAAACCAGCCGUCCACUCUCUUCCUUCCACCACUGGGAGGAAUCGUUUCCUUUCUCCAGCUACUCAUCACAUGUCAUCAUGACGCCGAAAAAACAUUCCGGGCUGGGCCAGGGUGAAUGGUCCCAAACAUACAUGCAAGGACAUAUAAAGGUCACCUCUCACACAUUGCCAACAUUGCCAACAUUGCCAACAUUGCCAACAUUGCCAACAUUUCCAGCAUUGCCAACAAACAGCUCUAGAAAGAGUCUAGACAUGGGGGAGAAAGGGUUUGGGGAAUUAGGCAAGUCUUCUGUUAUGGCAGCACAACCCAUGUACUAUGACUAUUACGGGGAGGCCGGGGACAGUGGUGGGUCUACUUCAGGUCAGAACAGGUUACAUCAGCCCCAAGAAAUUAUCUUGUUUUUCUCUGUGCUGGUUUUCUUUUGCAACGGUAUCUAGUCUAGGAGCUAACCCUCCCAACUGAAGAGUAAGCUCA